GUUAGUUUCGAGAUGGUCUACAUCAUAGGGGCUGUAGUAGUAUGUGGAUGAUUGGGUGUUGAGUCUGCAUAGGAUGCACUGUUGUCAGGGAGAAGUGCAAGUCACCUUCACGCGGUUGGCCCAGAAGCCCAUAUCUAACGCAGACGAUCACAGAACUACACCAACCACGGACGGCGGUCCCGAAACAAGGUCCAUUAUGUCUGGCCACUAAAUCAACGGUCCAGCCGGGAAGAUAGAGCACAGACCGUUGUUUAUUGGCAUCGUUGGCGUGAAUGAGAAUUUGCAGAAUCGCCGAGUUGGAUGACAAAGCCGAUGAUGGGUUUAUCGCUCCGCUAAAUAGAUUUAAUGCGCCUCUGAAUGCAUUAACCCCGUCACUGGCGGGUGCAGAACAGGAUAUCUCGGCGUGUCCUAUUCGGACCGGAGCGCCUGUGAGCUUUCCCUGAACGCUUUGCAGCGCAGCCAUGGCUCUGGUGACUCUGCAGCGCUCCCCUACACCCAGCGCCGCAUCCUCUGCCAGCACCAACGCGGGGGAGGAUUUAGGCAGUGAUGAUGAUCGAAAGGCAAACCUAAGCCUGAGUGAAAGUUUCUUCAUGGUAAAAGGGGCAGCUCUGUUUUUACAGCAAGGCAGCAGUGCACAAGGGCCCAGAACACCCACACAUCAUAAAAAUGCAGGGGAUCUACCACAGCAUCUACAAGUAAUGAUAAACACCCUCCGUGCCGAGGAUAGAAUCAAAUUAGUUGUUAGGUUAGAAAGCGGUUGGACGGACCAUGUGCGGUACAUGGUGGUUGUCUACACAAAUGGGCGACAGGACACUGAAGAAAACAUAGUGCUUGGGAUGGAUUUCACAGAUAAGGACAGUAAAAGUUGCUCUAUUGGGAUGACUCUUCCACUUUGGAGUGAUACCAAGAUUCAUUUGGAUGGAGAUGGAGGUUUCAGUGUGAGCACAGCAGGAAGACUACAUGUUUUUAAGCCCGUGUCAGUCCAGGCCAUGUGGUCUGCCCUCCAGGUGUUGCACAAAGCAUGUGAGGUGUCCCGCAGAUACAACUAUUUCCCAGGAGGGAUGGCCCUUACAUGGGUUGGCUAUUAUGAGAGCUGCAUCUCCUCAGAGCAGAGCUGUAUCAAUGAGUGGAAUGCUAUGACAGAUCUGGAGACCACACGGCCUGACUCACCAGUCAUGUUUUCUGAUCAGCCAACAGAGAGAGAGAGAACAGAGUGUAUGAUCAAAGCCAAACUCCGAAACAUAAUGAUGUUUCAGGACCUGGAAAAUAUUACUUCUAAGGAGAUCCGAAAUGAACUGGAACAACAUAUGAGCUGCAACCUGAGGGAGUAUAAAGAGUUUAUUGACAAUGAGAUGCUGCUUAUCCUGGGCCAGAUGGACAAGGCUACACUCAUAUUUGACCAUCUGUACCUGGGCUCAGAAUGGAAUGCAUCCAACUUGGAAGAGCUUCAAGACUCUGGGGUUGGGUAUAUCCUCAAUGUCACAAGAGAGAUCGACAACUUUUUCCCAGGUACAUUUUGUUAUUGUAAUAUCCGGGUUUAUGAUGAUGAGACUACAGAUCUGCUGGCACACUGGAACGAAACCUACAACUUCAUAGUAAAAGCCAAGAAAAACAAUUCUAAAUGCCUUGUACAUUGCAAGAUGGGAGUGAGUCGCUCGGCAUCCACCGUCAUCGCUUAUGCUAUGAAGGAGUAUGGAUGGUCGCUUGAAAAGGCGUACAGUUUUGUCAAACAGAAGAGGAAUAUAGCACAACCCAAUCCAGCUUUUAUGAAACAACUUGCAGAGUACGAGGGGAUUUUAGAUGCCAGCAAGCAGAGGCACAACAAACUCUGGCAAGCGGACGGUGACGAGUAUUCACUGGAGGGCCUUCAGGCUUCAGCUGCCAGUGGUGACCAGACUCCUCAAUUUUCGUCACUGCACCCCGAUCAAGAGGACGCCGCUUGGGGCCACGGUGGAGCAAGUGCUUCCCCCUGUUGCGGAGAAGAGCCGACAGACCAUCUCAAUUACAACUACUACUUCCGGCGACUAUCAGACACAGCUCUGGACAGCGAACCCUCCACGCCAGUUCGAGGUCCUCCGCUUUUAGGCAUGGAACGAGUCUUUAUUGAGAUUGAGGACGUAGAGAGGGAUGCGUUGUUGGACGAUGAAGGUUUCCCCAUGGCUCACUUGGCCCUUCCCGGGGAGGGCACAGCGGCCCAGACCUGCGGCCGACUGGAGCCCAUAGAGGACAUGCGCUUGAGGCUGGAGUUUAGCACGGUGGAGGAGGAGGAUGAGGAGGAAGCACAAAAGGAGGAGGCGGAGAUGGCCGCCUUGGCACGUGGCGAGGAGACGCCGAGGGAAGACGAGAGCCUGGCGAACUCGAACCGCUUUAACAACGAGAACGCCAACAACAGCAACAGGCUGGCCGGGAAACGCAGCUGCCCUUCUGGCUUUGACGACAGUGCUAGCAUUGGAAACCCCUACAAAGUGAAGCCCUCAUAUCAGUCGUGCCGAGACUGCCUGCGCCUGCCCAGCGGCCGCCGCUGUGAACGUCGCACCCAUCGCCUUAACCUGCCACGUCACACUGGCCUGCCCAGUAUGUCCAUCCAGGCCCCCAGAGGACACAAAUUCAGUCCUGUCUCCGCCAACAAGGUGCCUCCUCCUGCCCCUCUGCAUCACAUGAGCAGCGGGCACUGCCAGUGCAUUCGUUGCUUCGGUCGAGCCAACUCGGACCCUUACCACAAGCAACCGAGCUCCGAAGACCUUCCUCAGGAUUUGCGUUAUACCUUGGAGACUGAGGACAGAAUGGAAGGGGAGGACGAGGGGAGCAAGCAAAGCUCCAGCAGUCCUACAACAGAGCUCACUCUCCUGAGGCUCAGUCUGGGUGGUGAGAGGCCCACGGCGGAGCUCAGUCAGGGGGCCCACCUGGUGCACCAUAGACUGGAGCAAAUGUCCGGUCCUCAGUCGGAACAGAUGGACUUGAGCGUAGAGGACACUGCCACAGAGGACAUGGAAGUGGACGAGGGGAGCGUCCCCAACUUGCACCCUGGCUCCAGUGAACUCCAGCAAACGCUCGCACCGGGUUCGGCCCUGACGCGCAGCUCCAGCAGCGACAGUCUGCAGAGAAUUCGCAGAGGCCAGCCGGGCUUGGUACGUCAGCGAGCUCGAGAGAUCGAGACCCGCGUGCGGCUUGCCGGACUGACCAUGUCCUCCCAACUCAAAAGGUCUAAUUCGCUUGCCAAGCUAGGCGACUUGGCCAUCUCCACAGAGGACCUCACGCUUUCCGCCACAGUCUCCCUUGACUGCGACGACCAAGAGCCCGCUCUUUGCGUGCAAUCCUCUUGCUCCCCCAAGCUCUCUUUAACUCCAACUGUGUUGCAGAGUUUGAAAAGCUGACUCCAAGAUGUCAGAACUGCUUUCUCAGUGAAUGGGACCGAACCAGUCCUACAGCCAUCGAGAGCGACCGUGGAGGCUGAUGCUGCAAGACACCUCAUGAGAACAAUCAGGCCAGGCUUGGACGUCCUUCCAGCAGCCCUUUACAUAACUGCACUGCAUUUUCAUCUGUCUGUCUGUGCUUUAACGAAGAUAUAUAUUGAAGCAUGCUCUGGCUUGGACCUUCAUUAAACGGCUUUGUUGAUACCGCUUUUCUUUGUCUUGCUAAAGGAAGCCCUACCUGUUAAGGAUUUAAUAUACAUGUGGCCCAUCUAUAAGGUGGCAUAAUCAGACCUGGUUAAAUUAGCAAUGCUCUCCAUAAUGUAAACUUUCUUAAACUUUAAAACCCUAUUUAUGUCCUUUGGUUGAUAUUCUAACCACAUCCAUGACAUUUUGCCUCCCAGUUUGUUCACCAGCAAAUGUAUGUGCUACUGCAAAUGAACCAAUCAUGCAGUUGCAAUGAUUUGAUAGCAAAAAGAGACAAUUUAUCUGAUUCAGAUAAUCGUUACAAACCAUAAAGGUGCACAUAAAUGUGAAAAUUAGAAGGGUGCUAUGAAAUAACGAAUCAGACCACUUGUUAUGUAUUUGCUGGUUUGAGCAAAUAAGGUGGUAGGAGAGUAUUUAUAAGUUAUUUAGAAAUUUAAAUGUAGAUAUUGAUAUGUCCAUGAUAACAUUUGAGCUAUGGCUUUAUAAAAACAUGAUCAAAAAUGAGCUUUAUAAAACAGAAAUCCAUGCCUAAUUGGCUAUUAAAAUUAAACAUAGUGUUAACUUGAAAUUUGUCUUCAAAAGUCGUUUAGUUCCACAAUUAAUCUGAACCAAAUUGUCGCUCCACAAAAGUAAUUUAAGACUAAAGUUUAGCCUGAAAUGUAUGAUUAUGUUUUUUAAAGUCACAGUGAUAUUCCACCCUGACAGUUACUUGAAUUACAUCAACAAAGCCACAUAAUUAUUGUCUAUUUCCAGAGAAAAAUGCAACAUGAAUGUGGUUGGCUAUUUGUCUUACAAGUCUAAUUUGCUUCUCAGCUGGUGUUCAUCAGAUCAGCAACAUCUCAAAAUGUGCUACUAGAGUAGCUCCUGUUCUGUAAUUUAGCUUAAGCUGUUUAUUGUACAAAUUGUAGCCUGUGAUGUGCAAAAGGCUUUAGCAGCAACACAUUAGUACAAUACAGUCUUCAAGUUGAUCAGAGGAUGUUCAAAUGUGUCACUAUCGUCCUUUAAAAGGUCCUUUUAAAGUGUCUCCUAUAUGAAAUGACAUCAUGGCAUCUGAUAAUGACAGUCAUGUACGUUAAGUAUUAACAGGUAUGAACGACGUAUUAUGAUAUUGUGGGCAUAGGGGAUUGCUUGAGCUUGUCAAUUUAAUACCAUGAUGGUGUAUGAUAUUUGUAAAAGAACACACUAAGGUUGAUUAGUGCUCCAAGAUAAAUAGUAAGUUUGCAAGUAUUGGUUAAACUUGACCUUAAUUAUUUUUUCAUAUGUAUAUGUAAUUUAAUAAUUAAUGUUAUUUGUUGUUAUUUGUCUUUAUGUUGCCAAUUAAGCUUUUUUUCUUUUUUUUCUUUUUUUGAAAAUAAUAUGCAAAGUGGCCUGUGCAAUAAGUGUAAGAAUUUGAAGAGAAUCAUUUUUAUUUAUACAAUAAUGUGAAAAGUAACUAGUUUUUGUUUAGAAGAAUGAAAAUCUGAGAGAAAAGCACCUUGAGUGAGAUCUGAAUGAAAGUUUUUUUUUUUUCCACAUGGUCUGCAUGUACUCAGUCACUGCUGUAUGAAAUUAUUAUGUUCUUACUUUUAUUUUAAAGCUGUGAGACUUGUUUUAUAUUGUUUUUGGAAAUUCCCAAUAAUUUGGAAUGUAAUAUUGGCCUUUUAUGUAUUUAUUUAAUUUUUCUUUUUACCAUUUUUAAAAAAUACACAUAAUAAGGACGUUCCCAUUUCAAACUGUAUAGUUUUAAGGAAAAAUAUGUAUUUCUUCAAAUCAAAAUUAUUACGAUUGCCAAAAAAAAAAAAAAAAAGAUGGCCUCCCAAAGAGAGUAAAGUUGUAGUUUUGCUUUCCGCUCAUGGCUCGUCAUACCUCCUUCCAGCUGCUGCUGAUUUGAGUACUAGACAUUUUGUUUCUUCAGACAUGCAAGUGCCUUACCUGUUGCCAUUUGCAAUCAGUUGUCUAAUGGUUCUUUGGUAAAAACCGCUCUUUGUUUCGCAGAGGUUUUGUCUCCACCUGUUUGCGGUCUUUAUAGAGCAAAGUUUAUUUUGAAAAAAAAAAAAAGCAUAUUUUGUGGCUUAUUCAAGUCUGUUUAUCUUUCAUUUUGAUACUACAUUUCAUAGUUGAACAGAGGAGACCAAAGUCAUUAUUUAUUGUCAUGUUUUAGCAUGGUUGAACACACUAAUCUAACAAUAAAAUCAACUCGAGAAACUGGAAGAUUUACCUUUAGCCCUAACUAAACAGCUCUUAAAAGUGACUUGGAACAUACAUCAUACACUGUACUUCAUUUUGACCAUUUUAAGUUGUGCUGCACUUUGUUUUAUAAUGUAAUGUACAGUUAAUUAUGGAAAUAAAUUGUUUAUUGUCUGCA